AUGGCAGCCCUCAACAAACGCGUCGUAAUUAUCGGCGCUGGUAUUGUCGGAGCCAACCUCGCCGACGAGCUGGUCUCGCGAGGAUGGACCGACAUCACCGUCGUCGAGCAAGGCCCUCUGAACAUGCCUGGUGGCUCGACCUCGCAUGCCCCCGGCUUGGUCUUUCAGACAAAUCCGUCAAAGAGCAUGACGCUGUUCGCGCGCUACACCGUCGACAAGCUGCUGUCUCUGGACUGCUUCAACCAAGUCGGAGGUCUUGAGAUUGCCACCACAAACGAACGGAUGGAGGAGCUCAAGCGGAAGCAAGGCUAUGCCUACUCAUGGGGCGUUGACGCUCGACUAAUCGACGCCGAUGAGUGCCUCAGAUUAUAUCCGCAUCUGAAUCGCGACAAGGUACUUGGCGGCCUGUAUAUUCCCAGCGACGGGUUAGCAUUGGCCGCUCGAGCCGUUCAGGUCCUCAUCGAACGGACGCAAAAGGCCGGCGUUCGAUAUCGUGAUCUCACCGAAGUUACAGGCAUCCAACAAGCCCACGGGCACGUCACAGGCGUGACAACUAAGACCGGCACAAUCCCAGCUGAUAUAGUGGUUUCAUGUGCCGGAUUCUGGGGCGUUGAAGUUGGAGCCAUGGUCGGCUUGACGAUACCUCUGGUCCCGCUGGCUCAUCAAUACGUGAAGACAACCAAAGUCCCAGCCCAGGCUGGUCGUGUACCUCAACCGAACGGAGCAGUUUUGCCCAUUCUACGAUAUCAGGACCAAGACUUGUACUACCGCGAGCAUGGAGAGCAGUAUGGUAUUGGGUACUACGGACAUCGUCCAAUGCCUGUUGUUGCCGCAUCGUUGGGCGCUACCCCUAAGCGUGUCGACGAGAAGAACAUGCCGUCCAGACUGGAGUUCACACCAAAGGACUUUGAGCCAGCGUGGAAACAUUCUCAAGAGAUCUUACCUGCUCUGCAGCAGACCGAAAUUGCCGACGGAUUCAAUGGCAUCUUCUCCUUUACACCGGAUGGCGGCUCGCUGGUGGGAGAGGCACCAAUGUUAGACGGCUUCUGGGUCGCCGAAGCAGUUUGGGUAACGCACUCUGCGGGCGUGGCGAGAGCAGUUGCUGAAGUCUUGACAACGGGCAAGUCUCAAAUCGAUCUGACAGACUGUGAACUCUCAAGAUUCGACGAAGCACAGCUCACCCAUGCGUAUAUCCAAGAAACAUCGCAACAGAACUUUGUCGAGGUCUACGACAUCAUCCAUCCCCUCGCCCCUAAGCUGUCUCCACGCAACCUGCGAGUCAGUCCAUUUUACCCCCGCCAGUCCGAACUGGGGGCCUAUUUUCUGGAAUCAGGCGCUUGGGAACGUCCAUUCUGGUAUGCCACGAAUGCCGCCUUGCUUAAAACUCUGCCAAAGGAAUGGCAGCCGGUUGAGCGAGACGCAUGGUCUUCCCAGCACUAUUCGCCCAUUGCCGCAGUUGAAGCAUGGAAGACGAGAACAGCCGUGGCUUUGUACGACAUGACACCUCUGCGUCGACUAGAAGUAUCGGGACCUGGAGCGGUUGAGUUGUUGCAGCGGAUGACCACGACCGACGUCUCGAAAGCUCCUGGGUCUGUGAGUUAUUCGUUGCUUCUUACCGAGCAUGGCGGCGUUCGAAGCGAGCUCACCGUGGCAAGGGUCGAGGAAGAGUUAUUCCAGAUUGCUUGCAACACUCCCGUAGACCUGGCCUAUCUCAGCCGAGAAGCCAAGAGACUGUCUCAGAAGAGUCCUUCUCAAUGGACACAGGUGCGAGACAUUACUGGCGCUACUUGUGGCGUAGGCCUCUGGGGUCCACGUGCCUCCGAUGUGAUCAGUAAGGUCACUGCGGACGAAUUCAAGAGCCUCCGGUACUCCUGCUGCAAAAAAGUCAACGUUGGCGGCAUCCCUGUCACCGCAAUCCGACUGUCAUAUGUUGGAGAGCCUGGCUGGGAGCUUUGGACCAGCGCUGAAUAUGGGUUGGCACUUUGGGAUCUCCUCUGGAAGGCCGGUCAGCCCCAUGGGCUGGUUGCGGCCGGACGCACCGCUUUCAAUGCUUUGCGCAUGGAGAAGGGAUUCCGCUUCUUUGGCACCGACAUGACAACCGAACACAACCCAUAUGAAGCUGGCCUCGGCUUCGCAGUUGAUCCAUAUAAAAAAGGGUAUGUUGGCCAUGCCGCUAUCGAAGGCCUUUCCAAGACACCUUCUCGACGAUUGCGCUGUCUCACGGUCGACGACGGCCGGUCGGUGGUGAUGGGCAAGGAGCCAGUUUUCCUCAACGGCAGAGCAUGCGGCUAUGUGACGAGCGCAGCCUUCGGGUAUACAGUCCGCAAGCCUAUCGCGUAUGCUUGGCUACCCAGCGAUGUCAGAGACGGCGCAACUGUUGACGUCGAGUACUUUGGAAACCGGAUAAAGGCUACCGUAACGCCUGAACCGCUAUACGAUCCCCAAAUGAGCCGCUUGAAAAAUCUGAAAUCUGCUCCCUCUGCAAAAUUGUAG